AGGAAGAGUAUCUGAGGGAAAUGGAGAUAUACAAACGUAAAAAGGAUGAGGAAGCAGCAAGCCUUCAUAAGGAAGAGGAGGAGGAGCAGAUGAAAAUUCAGAAACAGGAGGCCUUGCAAUUGCACAAAAAUAAAAAGAAGACGGCAGGAAAUAUAAUCAAGAAAACAAAAGAGAACUGCUUGAAGAAGAAGAAGAAGCAGAAGGAAGAACAGAUUUCAGACCCCAAAAGGCCAAAGAAGCCAGCUUCUGCAUUCUUUCUUUUCCGCAAAGAAAUGAGGAAGGAACUUCUGCUGGAAAGACCAAGCAUCAGCUACUCCACUCUUAAUGUUCUGAUUUCAGUAAAAUGGAAGGAGCUGAAUGAAGCGGACAAACAGCUUUAGAAUGUUAAA